AUGCAUGAUAUCGCUGACGAUGAAUGUAUCGAUCUGCAAAGUAUGCUACAGAUGCAACAAGAUGGAAUGCGAUUCUGUGGCCAAAUGAAUGGGAUGGAUAUGACGAACACGCAAACUCCGCCCACCGAAGAGCAACGCCCAUCCCCGUUCCCACGACACUCCGGCACCGUUCAUCUAUGGCACUUCAUCCGCGAACUGCUCGAUCAUCCCAAUAAGCAGUAUGGAUCAUGUGUUCGUUGGGUGGAUCGAGAUGAAGGGACCUUUAAAAUCGAGUCGUCUCAUCAUUUGGCGAGAUUUUGGGGACAACGAAAGAACCGUGCCCAAAUGAACUACGACAAGCUUUCACGAAGCCUUCGGCAAUACUACAAAAAAGGAAUCAUCCAAAAGCCCGAAAAGAAGCAACGACUUGUGUACAAAUUUUUACCUCCCUACAAUCUGUGA